UGUAUAAAUCUUUAGACCAUACUUUUUAGUACUGUUUUAUCCAGAUUUUAAUGGCGACCAACAUGAACUUCAAGAACUUCGGAAGUAGCCAACCGCCACAAGCAGCCGACGGCGGUGUGAAUACUCUGUUAAGUAGACAGUCAUCAAUCUAUUCUCUAACCUUCGAUGAGUUUCAAAGCACCAUGGGUGGCACAGGAAAAGAUUUUGGGUCACUGAAUAUGGAUGAGUUAUUAAGGAACAUUUGGAGCGCUGAAGAAACGCAAGCAUUGGCUUCUGCCGGUGGUGGCCUAGACGGAAAUGGAGGGUUACAAAGGCAGGGGUCCCUGACUUUGCCUAGGACCCUUAGCCAGAUGACAGUUGAUGAAGUUUGGAAAAAUAUUUCAAAGGAGUAUUCCAUAGGGAAAGAUGGGAUUGGAACUGCAUGGACUAAUGAUAAUAUACCCCAAAGGCAGCAGACCUUAGGGGAGAUGACUUUGGAAGAGUUUUUGGCGAGGGCUGGUGUGGUAAGAGAGGACGCCCAAUUUGCUGGGAAGGUCAAUAAUGUUCAUGGAGGGUUCUUUGAUGAGUUUCAACAAGGUGGUAGAGGUCCAAAUUUGAUGGGGAAUAGGGUUUCUGAAGGUGGUAAUCAAAUUGGAUUUCAGGCUUCCAAUUUGCCUUUCAAUGUUAAUGGAGUUAACUCAAACCACCACCACUUAGCUCAGCAGCAAACUCAGCAUAACAACCACCAGCAGCAGCGGCACCAGCAACCGAUAUUUCCUAAACAACCUGUUAUGGGAUUUGGAUCUCAGUUGGGGAGUCCCGGAAAUAGAGGGGGAACUACUGGGAUUGGGGAUCAGGGGCUAAGCAAUGGUCUUAUACAGGGUGGAGACUUGGGGAUUGUUGGCUUAGGAGGGCCAGUCGGCUUUCCAACCGGAUCACCGGCUAACCAGCUUUCAUUGAAUGCAAUUGGGACGAGUACUGCAGACAAUUCUUCUAUCUCGCCGGUUCAUGUGUUUAAUGGAAGUUUGAAGGGUAGGAAAUCCAGUGCAGUUGAAAAGGUUGCUGAGAGGAGGCAAAGGAGAAUGAUAAAGAACAGAGAAUCCGCAGCAAGAUCUCGAGCUCGAAAGCAGGCUUAUACAACGGAACUGGAAGAAGAAGUCGCAAAGCUAAAAGAGGAGAACGAAGAAUUGCAGAAGCAAAACGUAUGUUCUUACCUUUCUUUGUUCCAGUGUGUUCGUCCACAUAUUUACAUUCUUUCUUGACUGUACUUUGGUUGCUGCAGGUAGAAAUAAUGGAAAUGCAGAAAAAUCAGGUACCAGUCCACUUCUGUUUUUCUUUUAUUUUGUAAUCUCUAAACUGGCUGCUUAGUUAUUUAGAUUUGAGGUACUUUGUUCAAUUCUCAAGAACUAUUUGGUGGCACCACAGGCCAUGGAGAAAAUGAACAUGCACCAAGGAACUACGAAACGAUGCUUGCGAAGAACAUCCACCGGCCCAUGGUGAAAUGAAAACAUAGUGCUAUCUUGGUUAGUAGAUGGUUGUAGAUAUUCAAGUCACAGGGUAAUAGUUUGGGUCUUCCUUUAGAUUUGAAUUGAUGAAUUAGUGCAAUGUAGAUAAAAAAGAAAACACAAUAUUGGUAGUAG